AUGCUCUCUGUCUCCAAGCUCGCUGUCUGCUUGGGUCUCCUCGCGUCGAGUGCGAUGGGGCAAUUCUGCUUCCAGUCGGUCGAGAAGAUCGGCGCCGACCAGAGCUACAACUUGACACUGUCGGCCGACGUCUCGACCAAGACCAUCACGCACGACAAGGCGACGUACAUUGCGCUGCACUUUAACCAGCUCGACUUGCCGCACGGCGCAUCGGUCACGGUGAGCGCGCCGGAUGGCCAGAACGCGGUCACGUACACAGGCAAGCACAGCGACUUUUACGCCGAGUUCAUUCGCGGUGACGCCGCCAAGGUUACGUACCACGCGCCGCCAAAGGGCAAGGGGGCGUCGCCCGUGAUCUCGAUCGACCGGUACGCCAGUGGGUUCCCCGAGAACAGCCAGAAGCACCCCGAGGCCAUUUGUGGCAAGGACGACUCGGAAGCCGCCAUCUGCUACAAGGACAAGGAGCCGACGCAGUACAAGAAGGCGCAAGCCGUCGCGCGUCUCUUCAUGAACGGUUCUGGGCUCUGCACCGGUUGGCUCUUUGGCUCGGAAGGCCACUUGAUCACCAACAACCACUGUAUCGGUGACGCCAGUAAGGCCAAGAACGUCCAAGUCGAGUUCGCCGCCGAGUGUGCGACGUGCAAUGACCCGAACAACACCAAACAGCUCGGGUGCAAGGGCAAGGUCGUCGCCUCGAGCGUCGAGUUCAUUCACACCAACAAGGCGCUCGACUACACGCUCGUCAAAAUCAACUCCAAGGACCUCGCUGCGUACGGCUACCUCACGGCGCGCGAGUCGGGGCCU